UGCUUACAUCGCGCUUCAUACGUUGCAAACUUUCCGUUUGCGUUUGCGCACAAUUAUCCAUUUAUCCCCACCAAAACUACGGUAGUUCCUUAUGGUGGCAUACCAACCGCAGUUCAUCGGACUUCUGGACAAUCGCUCAUUGACCCAAACGAGCAUGAUUUUGAUAGUAUGGCCUUAAAGGCUCUUGGAGGUUUCAUAUUGAUUUUAAACGAAAACGGUGAUAUUUAUUAUGCUUCGGAGAAUAUUGAAGCUUAUUUAGGCUUCCAUCAGUCAGAUAUUUUACAUCAGCCAUUAUUUGAUAUGAUUCAUUCUGAAGAUCGUGAAGAUAUCAAGCAGCAAUUAUCAUGGAACUAUAACCUUCCUUUUCACGUGACCUGUUUACAGGAUAUCCUUACGCCUGGUGGAAUGCCUUUCUUAGAACGUAAUGUCAAUGCACGAUUUCGUUGCUUGCUGGAUAAUACAUGUGGAUUUUUGAGAAUAGAUGUACGUGGAAAGUUAAUAAGCCUUCACGGAUUACCACAUUCUUACGUGUUGAACAGAAUUGAAGCUCAUUCAUCUGGUAAUAUUGUUCUUGGCUUGAUAGCUAUCUGCAGUCCAUUUGUUCCACCAAAUGUAAUUGAUCAGCAAGUUGAUGACCCAAUCUUGAAAUCCAAGCAUUCGCUUGAUUUUAUGCUUGUUUCCAUGGAUAAUCGCAUGAAAGCUUUAUUAGAAUUAGAUGACAAGAAUCUGCCACAUAGCUUCUACAGUUUGGUUCAUAUUGAAGAUGCCACAUGUAUUGCAGAAGCUCACAAAGAAGUAACAAAAAAUAGCGCAAGUGGCAUAUUGAUUUAUCGAUUGAUCAGUAAAUGUAGUCAAAGAAUUUAUUGGAUGCAAAGUAGUUGUCGAAUGUUUCACAAAAAUGGCAAACCUGAGGCUAUUGGCAUGACUCAUCGCUUAUUAACUGAAGUGGAAGGGACUAUGCUGCUGGAGAAACGAACAUCGCUGAAAGCUAAAUUGCUGUCAUUCGAUGAUUCUCUCUUACAGUCUGCAAGAAAUUUACAGUCAAUUGCAGCACUACCAUUAACAGCAUCUGGUAAUUUACUCAAGUCAAUGCAAGCACCAGGAAACCAAAAUAUGUCAUCAGCCCUAUCACUAGCAGUUCAACAACAACAACAACAACAACAGCAACAACAGCAACAACCACGUGGACGUAAACGGAGAAAACACGAAAAUAAUAGUAUUACUAAUCACCAUCGAUCUACUUUGCCAGCAACACAAAAUUCACUAAGCGUAGCACCAUCUACGAGUCGCCCAAAGCAGAUACAACAUGAAAAACAACAACAAAUCUUAUCUGCUGCAACAAUGGCUACUUCAUACGUGAAUCGAUUACCUCGAAUACCGCAAACGAGUACCUUCACUACGGGAGUUAGUCAAAGUGUUUCCGGUACAGCAAAUGCGUCAGAACUACCAGACUUGUUUCAGUUUUCUCAGGAUCUAACAGGGUUUCCUGGAUUUACUGCUUAUUUUUCCGCUGACAAUACUAGCAGCACAUUUCGGGCUGAUUCUGGAUAUCAGUGGUCCUCAUCAGCUAAAGCUAAUUAUUGGUCUUCAUCAUCCUCUUCUGAUCUGUAUGAUCAAAAUUAUGUUGCAAAUCAGACAGGCUACACAGCAACAUUUACAAGCGCAUUUUAUCCUUCUCAAAUGGAUCAAAAUAUAUUAGUACCUGCGAGAAACCGAGUGGAAUACCCUGCACUAAUCACUGCAAAUAAUUUAGCAACAAGUAAAUAUAUGAGCACUUAUACGCCAACACCUGCGCAGCUGUUAUUGUCAUCGUCUGAAUUACCUUUACCGCUCGUGCAAACAACGAAUGUGACAAUAAUGCCUGCGACUUUGUUUGACACGUCGCAACAUUCUAUGCAAAUAGACGCAUUUAAUUCAACAGCAUUCAGUGAUUGUGCACAAAAUUUGCAAGCAGUCGCAAUUCAGAAUACUCAAUGUGAAUCUAAUUGCAAUAUUAUUGAUAAUAACAGUGAUAAUAAUAUUAAUGUAAAUAGUGUUACGUCAUGUUCGACGGGUUUCAAUUUGAUUUCAGAAGUUACAAAUACUUUACUUGAGUAAUG